UUUGAAAUCCAGCAGCAUUUCCCGGUUUUCCAUUCAACCUGCCCCUAUAAAUGUCGGUUCAGUUCCAGCCUCCAGGGUUUGCCCAGAAGCUGACACUGGUCCCGGGUGUCAUGGAGGAAGGGCAGCCCCAGCGAGCUCAGAGGGCCGGAGGGGCCCGGUGCCCACCUGCCAUGUAUGAUAAGUGGCAUCACCCGCCCGCCGCUUGUUGGGGCAAGGACAUGAUCAUUACUCGAUCUCCUUUCAUUGCUCCACAGAACUCCUUCAAGUUUGAGGAUGAGGAGGUUUUCGAGCAGGAGAGAACAGGAGACAUGGAAGAGGAAAGAGCCAGGUCCAACACUGUGACCACCACCAGCAGCUCCUAUAGUGAGGCGUUCUCCAGCGGUGCCAGCCUGUCCUAUGAUGGGACCUUCCUCAGGAGCCCUCCUGGAGUCCUACUGCUGGCAGAACUAGUUUUUGGAUUUUUGGUCUGGGCUCUAAUAGCUGGCUCUGAAUAUUUUCUAUUUCCUACCUUUGGCUGGGUGAUGUUUGUAGCGGUAUUCUCCUGGGUCCUUACUGCGUUCCUAUUCAUUAUUUAUAUUACAAGAGCACACACCAGAAUCUCUAAAGUGCCAUGGACGUUAGUAGGUCUGUGCUUUAAUGGAAGUGCAAGUGUUUUAUACCUCAUUGCUGCUAUAGUGGAUGCAACUUCAAUCGCCAGAGAUCAUCCCCGGCAUCACAACUACAAUAGUUGGACAGCAUCUGCGUUUUUUGCAUUCUUGGUCACGAUAUGUUAUGGAGGAAGCACCUAUUUCAGUUUUCGGUCAUGGAGGACAAGGAGUUAAUACAUGGCCUUGGUCAUAAACUGUCAAAUCCUACAUAUUGCAGAAAGUUUUUUUUAUGCUGCACCUUUAGUCAUUUCAGUUCAGUAAUAUUUAGUGUUUUAGAUUUACAGUGUAGUUAUUAAUAUACAGAGGAUGGAAUCUAAGUGCAUAAAUAUUUGCAGUACCUAUUCCCGGAGUCCAGAGAGUUUGUUGGAUGAAUGUGUGUUUUAAGUUCUCUACUUUAUCACCUAAUGUGAAAAAUUACUUGGCUCAAAAUAUAUAUAGUGCCACAAAGAGCUGUAAUAAAAGAACUGGGAAAAAUGAUAUGCUGCCACUUGGUUGUUU